AUGACUUUGGAAAACAAUGACGAAACACAGAUUCAACAAUUGAUUAAUGAUUGGACAAGUGCUCUGUGCGCGAAAGAUAUCGAUCGAAUGAUGGUCAACUAUGCCGAUGAUGUAAUUGUCUUCGACGUGAAGCCUCCAUUCCAGAUUAAAGGUGUAACUGAAUGGAGACGAACAUGGGAACAACGUUUACCUUAUUUUCCGGAAUCUUUUCAGGUCGAAACUCGGGAUAUGAAUAUUAAUGUUAGCGGUGAUACAGCAUUUGUUCAUUGGGUCUCGUGGUUUACUGGCAUGCCAAAGGAUCAUCCAGCAGGCCAAACUUGGAUGCGCGCAACUGUUGGAUAUAAGAGACAAAAUGGACGUUGGUUUAUUGCACAUGAACAUGUGUCACUUCCAUUCAAUCCAGAAACAUCUCAGGUUGUACUCACUCCAGAUAUAUAG